AUGCACCCCAGUGUUCGAUACAAAAUCGGGAUUUUGGCACUGAGCGCAUUCUUGAUCUUCUACUCCCUACACCUGUACUGGAAAGCAGAUGUGGAAUUCGCUGAAGCUAUUGAGGCCUCAUCACUCCAAGCGCAACAAACACUUUUGUGGCAACAACUCAGCUCCCUGUUGGAGGACCAUGCCCCGGAAUGCCCUCCUCCAGAGAGAGACGACAGCUCCGGAGCAAUACCCUUUAAUGCUGUAAAAGGCGUGUCUCGGCCGGACCUGAUUACCAAUUCCGAGCGCAUCCAAGGGCCGCUGCAGAGGGCGCAUGACAGCUUCUUGGAUGCAAUAAGAGCCUCAAAUAUAGAUAGAGCCUAUAACCCCGGAACCAGCGGCAUUGUGUCCAGCGCCGGGAAAUCCUACCUUCCGCUGUUUGUCACGUCAUUGCGCAUGCUCCGACGGACGGGCUCAACUCUACCUGUGGAGCUCUUCGUUAAGGACGAAACGGAAUAUGAGGCCACGAUCUGUGCAGACAUCCUUCCCCAAUAUAACGCAAAAUGCGUUAUUCUCUCGGACAUCGAGGCCAGCCGCAGCUACUCCACCCAGGAGAUCGCCCACUACCAAUUGAAGAUUUUUGCUGUGUUGUUUUCUUCGUUCGAGAAUGUCAUCUGGAUGGACUCCGAUGGCUUCCCGCUUUAUGAGCCCGAGUCGCUAUUGCAGAACGAGCCGUUUGCCUCGACUGGUCUCGUCACAUGGCCCGACUUCUGGGCUUCGACGGCCUCCCCUCUGUACUAUAAUGUAUCUCGACAGUCCGUUCCAUCGAUGACGGAGCGGGCUUCCUCGGAGACGGGGGUGUUUCUUAUCUCGAAGAAAACUCACUUCUUGACGUUGCUUCUGGCUGCUUAUUACAACUAUUAUGGGCCGUCGCACUAUUUCAUGUUACUUUCACAAGGCGCCCCGGGAGAAGGGGACAAGGAAACCUUCACCCAAGCCGCAGCUGCCAUGGGCGAGCCGUUCUAUACAGUCAGUGAGAAGGUAUCUGCUGUCGGCCACGCGAAGCCAGACGGCGGUAUUUCAGGAUCUGCCAUGGUUCAAGCGGACCCGACCGAGGAUUACCGAUUGACCAGCGAAGGGAAAUGGCGGGUUAAAGAUCUAUCGGUGGCGAAGGCGCCUCGGGUGUUCUUCGUCCAUGCGCAUUAUCCCAAGUUUAACCCCGCAGAGCACCUGUUCGGCAACCAGUGGGAGACCGCACCGACGUUGAAGCCGGAUGGUAGCGAUGGGAGAGCGUGGCUUGUCGCUGAGAAAACAUUGGAACGGUUUGGGUUCGACGCAGAGAAGAGCUAUUGGGAGGAGAUUAAAUGGGUUAGCUGUAACUUGGAGCAUGUAUUCGAGUCUUGGAAGGGCAAGUCUGGGAUCUGCGAUCGCGUGUCGGAAUAUUGGCGCAAUGUGUUCGAGAGUCCGGGUGAAGAAGCCCCAGUUUUCACGCAAAGUUAG